AGCGCGCAUGUCCGCUUUCUCCCAACCCCGGCAGCUGCAACCGCGGAGCCCGUCACCAAAGCCACUGAAACAGUAAGCGGGAGAGCUGGCGAUGGCGAGAGAGGCGCACGGAGCCCGACUGGAGGCGCGGCUGAGGCUGUUAUAGGGAGACCGGCGGGGAGGCAUCUGCCGGGGGCUCAUUCCCAACACCAAAGGAAGCCCCCCCAGCCGCGUCUCCCCCCUGGAAUAAAACCCAAAUUCUAGCCAGCAACAUCCCAGGCCGGGCGAGAGAGCGAGCUUCGGAGCGGCCUCGGGGGCAGGGAAGGUGCCGGUGUUGCAGGCGAGCCGGCAAAGGGAAGCGCUUCCUCGGUGCCUCGCGGGCCACCCCAAACCAGAUAGAUGUGCGCGCCGCCCGCCCGCCCGCGCGGCCACCAUGAACACCCAACUGGCGAUGGAGACUCUGGGCGACCUCCACGGGGUGAGCCAUGAGCCGGGCCCCGACCUGCUCCGGAGCGCCCACCCCCGCGGCGGCGGCGGCGGCGGCGGCCAGAGCAACCCCUUGGCCCACGGCGCUCGCCCGCUGGGCAUGGCCGCCCUCCUGGACGGAGGGGACUACGCGCACCACCGGGGCGGCGCGGAGCACCCUUUGGGCGGCCCUCUGCACCCCACCAUCACCAUGGCUUGCGAGACCCCGCCUGGCCUCAGCAUGAGCAGCACCUACACCACCCUGACGCCUUUGCAGCCGCUCCCGCCCAUCUCCACCGUCGCGGACAAAUUCCCCCACCAUCACCAUCACCCCCAUCACCCCCACCACCCGUCCCAGCACCCUCAUCACCCUCACCAGCGGCUGUCGGGGAACGUGAGCGGGAGCUUCACCCUCAUGCGGGACGAGAGGAGCCUGGCCGCGUCCAUGAACAACCUGUACUCGCCCUACCACGCCAAAGACGUCCCCGGCAUGGGGCAGCGCCUCUCUCCGCUCUCCGGCUCCGGCCUGGGCGGGCUGCACGGUUCCCAGCAAGGGCUCCCCCAUUACGCUCACCCGGGAGCCGCCGCCGCCGAGAAGAUGCUGGCCCCCAACGGCUACGAAGCGCAUCACCCUGCCCUGCUGGCCAGGCACGGCGAGCAGCACCUGACGCCGACCUCUGCUCCCGGCAUGGGGCCUCUCCACGGGAUCCCGCACCACCCCCACGCCCACCUGAGCGCGCCGGGCCACGGGCAGAUCCUGGGUGCCGGGCCCCGGGAAGCCCACCCGGGAGCGGCGGCGGCGGCGGCGGGAGCAGCGGCGGCGGCCUCCGGGCAGGUCAACGGCGGCGGGAGCGGCUCCGGGCAGAUGGAGGAGAUCAACACCAAAGAAGUCGCCCAGCGGAUCACCACCGAGCUCAAGCGCUACAGCAUCCCUCAAGCCAUCUUCGCCCAGCGCGUCCUCUGCCGCUCCCAGGGGACGCUCUCGGACCUGCUGAGGAACCCCAAGCCCUGGAGCAAGCUCAAGUCCGGCAGAGAGACUUUCCGCAGGAUGUGGAAGUGGCUACAGGAGCCCGAAUUCCAGAGGAUGUCCGCGCUCAGGCUGGCAGCUUGCAAACGGAAAGAGCAAGAGCACGGCAAGGACAAAACUAACACCCCCAAGAAGCCCAGGUUGGUCUUUACGGACGUCCAGCGCCGGACUCUACAUGCAAUAUUCAAGGAAAACAAGCGCCCUUCCAAAGAUUUGCAAAUCACCAUUUCACAGCAGUUGGGUCUGGAGCUCAGCACAGUCAGUAACUUUUUCAUGAACGCGCGACGGAGGAGCCUGGAUAAGUGGCAAGAGGAGGGGGGCAGCUCCAGUUCAGGCAACUCAUCGUCCUCAUCAAGCACUUGUACCAAAGCGUAAAGAAUUGACCACAAACUAAUCUUCGGUGGAAAAGCUUUA